AGUUUAGAACACACACACACACAUUAGUGUCAUUGGUCUAUUUUAGGAUAUUACAUGUGCUUACAUUCAUCUCUUGGACUCUUAUCCUAUAACCAUAAUGUGUGUCACCUUUGACCCAACACUAACCCUAAUCUAACCCCAUAGGCUUAACAACUGACCACACACACACACACACACACACACACACCACUGUGACUUCAGUGCUGCCACUCAGGAAUGUAGGUCUUGGUUUAGAGGAGCAAGCAGCAACAGGUCUCGCUCCUGAGCGAGACUUUGAGGAGGAUACGGCACAAAAGCCUCACAUCAGGACAAAGACACAACCUGUGUUUCAUGGACAGAAAGUCCCACUGAAGAGACAGUUGCGUUGACAGUGUCCUGCUCCGUCUUCUGAUAGGACUGAUAGGACUGAGUGUGCAGUCAGGAUCCACUCUUUGCCAUGGAGGCACUGUACUUGCUGGACAACUGGAGGAAGGAGCUUCAUGUGUCGCAGGGAGCUGAGGACAGCUCCGGGGACAUGGACCGCCUGAACAGGAACAUGCCAGAGUGUGGACGGCAGAGCCACCAGGUGUUACAGAGCACUCCUCUGGAUUUGAUUGAGACUGGAAAAGGGCUUAAGUUCCAGGCAGAGCGCCCCCACCUGGUCAGCCUGGGUAGCGGACGUUUGAGCACUGCCAUCACUCUGCUGCCUCUGCCUGAGGGUCGAACCACCCUGGGUCAUGGUCCUGUGGACAUCAACAUCCAGGGUGCAGGAGUAGCUGCCCAGCACUGCUACAUAGAGAACAGGUCAGGGGUCAUCACGCUGCAUCCCUGUGGAAACCCCUGCGCCGUAGAUGGACUCCAGGUCACACAGCCCCUCCGCCUGUCACAAGGCUGCAUGCUGUGUUUUGGCCAGUCAAACUUCUUCCGCUUCAACCACCCCGAGGAGGCGUUCAGGAUGAAGAGCAUGAUGCCCCAGGGAGGAGGUGUCUCCACUGGGGACUACAGACUCUGUGCAGAGAGCUUGGUCAAUGGGAAUCAUCAGGCAAGUCCAGCUCAGUCGUCCUCAGCUCCUGGAGAGCGAAUCCAGUCUGAGCACAGUGCAAUCGUCAGCUCUAUUGAGAAGGACCUCCAGGACAUCAUGGACUCCCUAAUCAUGGAUGACCCCCAGCCUUCUUCUUUGGAGUCCAAAAAGCCUUCAGGAGGCCAACUGAUUCCCCACUCGCCUCUGUCACCUAUGGUCAAUGGAGGAGGUCGGUAUCUUCUAUCCCCUCCCACCAGCCCUGGGGCCAUGUCUGUGGGGUCCAGCUAUGAGAAUACAUCACCUCCCUUUUCCCCACUCUCCUCGCCCUCGGCAGCCAGUAGUGGGAGCAUUACCAGCCCCUCUCCUAGUGGAGGACCCCAGGACCAGAGUUCUUCUCUGCCACCAGUGCCUGUUCGCUCCUCGAGCUACAAUUUCACCGCCCACCCUCCACCUGUACCCCAGCCACGGACCAUUUUGCCCAAUGUCAGCAGUGGUGGGGCAGGCCAGAAGGUUCAGGAAAGCCCCAGGCUGCAGAGGAAGGUCUUGACAGAGGCUCCUCCAAGCCCCAAGACAGGUCGUAGAAUAAUGGGUCAAGAUGGGUUUGAUAGUCGACUGACCUCGCUUCUGUGCUCUAGUGAAUCUCUUAAUAGUAAAAACAUUGUGCCAAGUAGUCCCAGACUUACUCCCAAAUUCCCUACAUGUUCAUCCCCAUCACCCGCCAGUCCCAGGACCAAGACAACCACAGUGCUCCAGGAAAGGCCUGCCAGCCCCUUUAGAGAGCAGACCACACUAGCUGACCGCUCUCUCACCUCUAGCCCUUCCAGGCAGCUUUCCCAAUCCACCAGAGCCUUCCAGCCUCCUUUGGACCCCAUUGUCCAUGUCAUCCAAGGAUCUCCGCUUCAGCAACAUUCACGCUCACUGCAGCCCCCUGAAAGCCCACGCAUGGCCAGGAGGAACCUGGAGCUGAAUGGAAGCAGUGGCGUGAGCAGCACUAUGAGAGAGUUGCCCCCACUUAGCCCCUCCAUGGCCCGGAGAGGGGUCCCAGUACUUCCAGGGGCUCUACCUGGUACAAUGCCUACCUUGAGGACUCCGGAUAGUCCCUCAGGUCUUGGUAAGCUUGUUCCAGAAAGUCCCAGGCUCAGGCGAAAAACUGGAUCCACAUCUGAGGAGCUGAUGUGUGGAAGGGGGAUCAGAGCCCGCAGCCCAUCACCUACCUCUAUGCUGAUGGAGGGCAGUGGUAGUGGUGCAGGGGUACGGAAGGCAAGCCAUGGGAAUUCCCUGUCUCCUGCUUACAGUCUAGGCUCCCUGCCCGGCUCGUCCCCUGCAGCCAGUCCCAGGACACAGAGGAAGAUGUCUUCAGGGAGACCCCACCCUGGGAUGAGGGAGAGGAAGAACAGCAUCACAGAAAUUAGUGACAAUGAGGACGAGCUGCUGGAAUACCACCGACGACAGAGAGAGGAGAGGCUUCGAGAGCAGGAAAUGGAGAGGCUGGAGAGACAGCGACUAGAGACUAUUCUGAACCUCUGUGCUGAAUACAACAAAGGAGAAACCCCCUCUGUGGACCCUCUGGGCUCAGCGAGGAUGGGUUUCCCUGGCGGGCUGGCAGAUGGCUCAGGACGAAGACCAUCCAUGGACAACGUCUUCGGAGCAACGCCGUCCUCUGCCACGCUACGUCUGACGCAGAGACAGAGGGAGAGCGACGAUGAGAAUCUGAAGGAGGAGUGUAGUAGCACAGAGAGCACUCAUCAGGAGGUGAGGCCGUCUCCCGUUCCCAGCACAGCAUCAGCACUGCACAAUGGAGACAGACAGCAUGAGGACUUCAGUUCUGGCAGCAGUGGACGUCUGGAGCUGGGUUACCUGGUGGACGAGCGAGUUCGUGUUCUUGCCCGCGUCGAUGAGCUCAAGACCCGACUGACAGAGCUGGAGCAACAGCUCCAAGAGUCAAAACAAGAGGCCGAGAUGGAGCGCGCUCUGCUGCAGGGCGAGCGGCAGGCGGAGCUCGACCAGAUAGAUGCUGAGACGGACAUCAUCACACAGCUGCAGCGCAAGCUGGACGAGCUGGAGAGCGCCAUCCAGAGGGAAAAAGACAAGGAGAGGGCUAAUGUUGAGGCCGAGCGCCGGGCCCUGCAGAGCCUCCAGGAGGGCUACGCUGAGCUCAAGAACCAGCUUCAUAACUGUCCUGAGUCCCUGCGGGAACAGUUGCAGGAACAGCUCAAAAGGGACGGCGACGUUCUGGAAGCAGGAACCAAAAAGUUUGAGGACCUAGAGUUUCAGCAACUGGAGCGAGAGAGUAGCCUGGAGGAGGAAAGAGAAACCAUGAGCCAGCAGCUGUUCCAGGAGAGAGCAGAGUACCAUGGCAGCGUGGCCAAGAGGAAGGAUAAAGUGUCUGCCCUGGAGAACCAGGCCACACAGCUCAGCCUACAGGCAUCUCAGGAGUGUGAGCGACUGGCUAAAGACAGAACCCUCACACUACAAAUGCUCCAAAAGGAGAAGGAGAGACUGUUGGCCCUGGAGAGGAGAUACCAGACACUGACUGGAGGAAAGAGCUUCCCCAAGACCCCCACCGCAAUGAGAGAGGAAAUGUUCCACAUCAGCGAGGCUGCCCUGUUGUCGGAGGAUGUCCGCUCCUCCCAGCAUUCCCUCUGUCAAGCCUCUUCUCCUUACUUACAUCAACCCCCUCCCUGUCAGUUGUAUCCCAGCAGCCCUACAGAGCCUCAGGACUAUAUGAAGCUGUCGGACGUGUAUAAGAUGUACGGCGGCGGCAGCAAGUCCGCCUCACACAGCCACUCGUUUGCCAUAGACGCUGCCUUAGCUGGCACCUGCGAGGAGUAUGUGACAGUGGGCCAGUUGAAUCAGAUGUAUGGGAUGCCAAAGGUGGAGUCGUCCCCUACCUCCCCACUUCGCCAGCCCCUGCAGUCUGGAGCCGUAGACCCCGCCUUCUCCUGCCUCCCCUCUCCUCACGGCUCCUCCCUCUCUCUCUCUGUGGAGUACCAGUGUGACGUCGGCAGGCCUCACCUGCCAAAGCUAGAUUUAGAGCAGUGGUACCAGGAGCUGAUGGCUGAGUCCAGUCAGCUCUGUUCUUCUUCUUCUUCUGCUCCUGCUCCUCCUCUGCCAACCAAGUCGCUCUCAGGCCGCAGGCCUGUGCUGCAGGUGUUCCGCUCCAAGCUGGACAGUGAUCCAGGACUUUCUGUUCAUCAGCCCAGGUCCGGCUCUGCGUCGCCUCUGCAGCACGGAGCAGCAACGCUGGGACGCAACACAAGCUCCAGGCAGAGCCCCCUGCUGGUGGCCAAUAGCACAGGCAGUCUGCCUCGGAACCUGGCUGCAACUCUGCAGGACAUAGAGACCAAGAGACAGCUGGCUCUGCAGCAGAAAGAGUCCCAGACCUCCAGACAGAACACCAGAAAUGGAAACUCAGCAGGUCAGCAGGUGAUCGACGAGCAGCGGCGUCGCCUGGCCGAGCUCAAGCAGCGCGCGGCCGUGGAGGCUCAGUGCCAGUGGGAGGCGCUCCACAGCUCUCAGCCCCAACUCAUGACCCUGUCCUCCUCGUCACCUUCCUACUCUCCCAUCAAGGCCUACAGUCCCACUCUGGGCCACAGCUCUGCUGCAGGGCCCCCGCCUCUGGUCCACCACUCUAUCCUGCACCACCAGCCCCUGUCGGCCGGAGAGCAGCCCUACGACACGCUGAGCCUGGAGAGUUCAGACAGUAUGGACACCAGCGUGUCCACGGGGAACAACUCGGCGUGCUCACCAGAUAACAUGUCCAGUGUUGGAGGAGCCGAGCUGAAGAUCGAGGAGAUGGAGAAAAUGCUGAAGGAGGCGCAGCUUGAGAAAGCCAGACUUAUCGAAUCGCGGGAAAGAGAGAGUCUGGCUCGCCGUCAGAUGCUGGAGGAGGAGAGGAGGAGACGAGAGGAGGCGGAGAAAAGGCUGCAGGAUGAAACCUUCCAUCGGCAGCAGUUAGUGGAGAAAGAGGUCAAGAUGAGAUCCAAGAACUUCUCUCAGGCUCGUCCCAUGACUCGCUACCUGCCCAUCAGGAAGGAGGAGUUUGACCUGCGCACUCACGUGGAGUCGUCGGGCCACAGCGUGGACACCUGCUACCACGUCAUCCUCACCGAGAAGAUGUGCAAGGGCUACCUGGUCAAGAUGGGAGGCAAGAUCAAGUCCUGGAAGAAACGCUGGUUCGUCUUCGACCGCCUCAAAAGGACGCUGUCCUACUAUGUUGAUAAACACGAGACCAAACUGAAGGGUGUGAUCUACUUCCAGGCGAUAGAAGAAGUCUACUAUGAUCACCUCCGCAGUGCCACAAAGAGCCCCAACCCCUCACUGACCUUCUGCGUGAAGACCCACGACCGGCUCUACUACAUGGUGGCUCCCUCAGCUGAGGCCAUGAGGAUCUGGAUGGACGUGAUCGUCACAGGAGCAGAGGGAUACACACAGUUCCUGAACUGAGGAAGUGUGUGUGAUCCAGAGAACAGGUUUCGGCAGGGACAGACUGUUUCCAGUCCACAGCAGACACAGCGCCGCCUUGUUUGUUACUCUUUUUUGUUUUUAAUCUCAGUUUGAUUUUUACUCAGUAAAUAUUCACCUCCACUUUUUUCUACAUCAUUAUUUGGAUUUAAAAAGGGAGACUUUGAAGGACACACACACACACUUACACACCCUAUUGUAUAUAAACCAAAAUGUAUACCUGUCAGAGAUGUUUCAAAGCCUUUCUAUAUUGCCAAAUGGAGAUCUUAUAGUUACUGUUUGUCAAACCUUUUGUAUUAUUUGUUUCUUUUUCUUCUUCUCUCUUUUUUUACUUGUAGAGAUAAUGCCAAAUGACAUCAUGCCAAUGUUUUGGUUUUUUUGAGUGUUCCAUCUUGACUAUGCUGAGUUUAGACAAAAAAAAAAAAAAAGACUUCAAAGCGUGUAAUCAUUUUUUAUAUAAAUAUAUUUCAAAAUAUUGUACGAAUCUAUAAAUGACAUAAAUCUCAGUGACACAGCAAACACUGCAUCCUCCAUGUUCACAGCUGUCACUUCACGUCAACGCUGCUCUUAUAGACUCAACCUGUGCGGCAAAUACAGCACAGCACGGUUCAGCUGCUUACAUGUUACCAUCACAACAUAUUAGAGUUGCCAACAGGGUACUGUAACUUCAUCUGCAUUUCAAGAAAAAUACAAAUAGAACCAACAUUUUCAGUAGUGCAAACAUUUUUAAUACAAAUAAUCUUCUCUGUGCAAAUGAAAUAUAAUUAAUUAUAGUAAUAAUAAAGAAAGCAGAAAGUCCUCCUGCUCCUCACGUGUCGCCAUUUUACCUUAACAUCUCCAUUGCUACGAUACACAGGACUCACGGUGAACCGGACGACCGAUUACAAGUGCACAUUUUCUGUCGGAUAGUAAUGAAUGACGACAGAUUGAGAAGGUCUGACAGCAGAAGGAUUUUAUUCUCAAUAGUGGAAUAAUCUGUCACUUUUCUGACUUGAUUCUCAAAAAUAGGAAACAGAGCGUUACUUAUUUCUUCAGUACAGAACACAUCUUUUAUCGUUCAAAUACGGAACACAUCCUUACAGAACAGUUGGUAACCCUAAAGCAGAAUAAAAUGGCUAAUCUGUCUUAACUAGUUCACACCACACAAUUAUUUAUUUAACCCCGAUUUGGAGGUCGAAGCUAAUCUCCCCCUUUUGGGUGCAGAAUUGUCAGUCAACAAGUGUUAGAUAUUAAACACAAGGCCCAUGAAAAGAGUGGCCCUCUGACUUUGACAGCAGUGAAGUGUGAACUUUGCAUAAGACUUAAAAAUAAUGUGCUUUAUUCAGAGGAGGAUGAGUUGUUGUGUUUUUUGGCCUGACCACUGACAUCCACCUCUUUCUGGUUCUGAGGCUAAGCUAAGCUAAGCUAAGCUAAGAGCUCCCGUUCUCUAGCUUAAAUCCUUAAAUUGAUGUUACAGCCAGCAGCCUGUUAGCCUAGCUUAGCACAAAUACUGGCAGCAGGGGGAAAUAGAGUGGCUCUGUUCUAAAAUUCAAAUAUUAUGUUACGUACCGUGACCAUUUAAUAAUAGCAUACAGAUUGUUAUUUUGGUUGUAACUUUUGACAGAGCCAGAAUACGCACUGUUUUCAGUUCUAUACUGGCUAAGCUAGUUCUUAGCUAGCUCUAGCUUAAUCUUAAUCAAACAAAAAGAUUAAUUUAGGGCUGAAUAGUCUCUGGGUAAAAAAAGAAAAGUAAAGUCAACACACGUGUCAGUUGUAGGAAUCAUGAAAUGGCGGACAUAUAUAUAUAUCAAACUCUUAAGAUAUAGUUGAUCAUGAUAUAUAGCGCAACCAUAGCUUCAGUGUACUUGUGAAUAUGAACAUCGAUGAUGUCAUCAUGUCGUCCACGUUUUCUCACAAACAAACAGAAAUUGUGACUGUUCGCCGAGUAGCCUUUCACAAAAACCGAUGAUGAGCUGCCAUCAUCACUGCCAGCCUAAAGCAACAACUAGAGGGCGCUACAGCGACUACGCUAACACAGGACUUUACAGGAUCAACGCAGACUAAUGCAAUUCAGAAGUGUGCCUUGACAAAUGUGUUGUUAGUGGUGGCGCGUGUGUGAGUCCAGCAGGCUUCAAUCAUGAGCUGUGGAGCACUCUGUGGUUUACGACUUUAUUAUCAGGACUUCUGUCUGCGGCGUCACGGCAGACAGAGACACCAGAGGCCCUGAUCACACUGGGGAUUCAUUUGGCUAUUUUUAAUUCACCACAUAACUGUUUUAAACAGGUCAAAUUAUUUAAAUCAUUUAUUUAAACGAUAACUUUACCUGCUUUUAUCAUUUAUCAUAGUCACCAAUCAAAGACUUUACAGAGUUACAUGGGACAUGUAGUUUUAAGUGUUCCAAGUCCACACCAAAGACUAUGAUACAUUGUUGUUGUUUUUUUAAACUAGCCGAAGUAUAAAUUGUGUAAAAAGUAAAGUAAAAGUAGCUUAAAUUCAGAAAAGUGUUCCUCAUGUUUUGAAUUAUUCAGCAGUUUCAGGUGAACUGAAACCUAGUUUGUGUCAUUUGUUAAUUCAGACUGGAGAGGGCUGAUUAAGUGUAUUUAAGAGUAUUGUUUUUGUUCUAAAAUGAUCAGGAAUAAUGUAUUUUUAUUCUGCUGCCAUGUCCUUAAAGUCCAUCCCCGGUGAUCAAGCUCUGAAUCCCCAUUGUGAGCAGAGGUCUGCAUGCUCGAGGAAGGAUACAAUUGCAUCUUUAGCUUUAACAGACCGUUGUCACGUUGUGAAUCUCUAGUUGAGCUGGUUUGUAGUGGACGGAUCCUGGACACUGUGAUUAUUGGAGCAUGUGGAACCGUUGUGUAGUUUCAUGUGUCGGUACAGUAAUUCAUGAUAAUUUAUGAUUGUGGUGCCUGAGGUAGUGACAUGUUUACUUCGAAAAACAUGAAGUAGAAUUGAAAAGACCUUAAUAUAUUGUGUCCCCCUUGCCUUUUUUAAACAAGUGCAAACCAAACUAUUCAACACUGGCAAGGCUGUUAAAUCAUGUCUGUUGAUAUUAGAUAUUGGUAUAUACUUUACUGUUGUUAUGUAUGUAUGAUGAAAAGAAAGGAAACUAAAUAUAGAGGAUGCCUGAAUGAAAAAGAAUAUCUUACUAUGGAAAUGAAACAGUAUUGUAUGAGAAUAAGUACAAUUUUUACUUAUUUUUGUCAUUUUAGAAAAUUUAUUGUCAGUUACAUUUGAAAUUGUAUGGUAGUCAUGUAUCAAUCUACCUUUUUUUAUUACAGGUACAGCUGAACACAGAAUGACUCACCAAACUCUCACAUGACUGUGUUUUUAUUUUCUAGAAAGUAGUUCCUGUUUCAUAUACACACACACACACACACACACACACACACACACACAGAAACACUACUCGGACCAUUCUGUGUUAUUGGUACCUUGUACGUCUCAUGCGUCACUUUCAAGUAUGAAUUAAUAUGGAUUUUGUCAAAUCUAUUAAAAACAAAGCUGUUA